ACUAAAGGGCAAGACUAAGGCAUCCUGAAUUGGGGCUAGCAGAGGGUUAUUAAGGCUGGAGUGGGAGGAUGCCCAGGGUAUUGGGGUCAGGAUGGCAUUAGUCCUACUGAAGCCAGGCUGGGCUGAUUCAGCAUUCUGCAUGCCCCAGCCAACCCCCAACCCCGACGGCUCUUCACUUCCUUGGGCAGAGAUGGGAGAUGGCGCCGGUGCUGCCCGUGGUGCUGCCCCUCCAACCCCGUAUCCGUCUGGCGCAGGGGCUCUGGCUCCUCUCCUGGCUGCUGGCACUGGCCGGUGGCCUCACCCUCCUCUGUAGCGGGCACCUCCUGGCACAGCUGUGGAACCUUGGCACCUUCCUGGCUCCCUCUUGUCCAUUCCCUGCCCUGCCCCAGACUGCCCUGGCAGCAGGAGCGGUGGCUCUAGGCACAGGACUAGGGGGCGCAGGAGCCAGCCGGGCGAGUCUGGAUGCAGCUCGAUACCCUCCUUGGCGAGGGGUCCUGAGUCCACUGCUGGCAGCUGGCACAGCUGCAGGCGGUGGGUUGCUGGCCCUUGCCUUGGGGCUAACCCUGAUUUUGCCUGUAAGUCUGCACCAGGGACUGGAGGAAGGUCUGGAGGCUGCCUUGGUUCACUACAAGGACACAGAGGUGCCUGGCUACUGUCAGGCCAAACGACUGAUGGAUGAGUUGCAGUUAAGGUACCACUGUUGCGGACGUCAUGGCUACAAGGAUUGGUUUGGUGUCCAAUGGGUCAGCAACCGUUACCUGGACCCCAGUGACCAAGAUGUGGUUGACCGGAUCCAGAGCAAUGUGGAAGGGUUAUACCUAAUUGAUGGAGUCCCCUUCUCCUGUUGCAACCCUCACUCACCCCGGCCUUGCCUGCAAAGCCGACUCUCAGAUCCCUAUGCCCAUCUGCUCUUCGAUCCUCGACAGCCCAACCUAAACCUCUGGGCCCAAGGGUGCCAUGAGGUGCUGCUGGGGCACCUGCAGGGUUUGUCGGGCACACUGGGAAGCAUGCUGGCUGUCACCUUCUUGCUGCAGGCUCUAGUGCUCCUUGGUUUGCGGUACUUGCAGACAGCGCUGGAGGGGCUUGGAGGAGUCAUUGAUGGGGAAGGAGAGACCCAGGGCUAUCUUUUUCCUGGUGGGCUGCGAGAUAUACUGAAAACUGCAUGGCUACAGGGAGGGACUGCCCACAAGCCAGCACCUGAAGAGGCCCUACCAGAAGAGGAACCUCCCAAGGAGGUUCUACCUGAGGCCUAGUAACCUAAAGUGUGGGGGGCGGGGGAAGUGGACAAAUAUGGAAAACUUUACUCAGGCUCGGGGGAGGAGAGGUUACAGGAGUUAGAGCAGUCAGAGAUAGACUAGAACGAGGAGGAGUCCAGGUAUCCUGGAGCCCAGCCUCUGCAGCCAAACCCACCAAGAUUGAGAAUAGAUCAGGGUGGCCGGAAAGUGACACCCAAAGGACUGGAGACUCUUUCUAGUGUACAGAUUCUCAAAUAAAGUUUUUGGAUGGAA